AUGGAAGCAGUAGUAGGCGUUGCUGAUCAGGACGAGCUCGACAACACUACGUCCUCCGAGCCCGGUCUUCAGAGAGUAGACGGAGAGGUUGAAGAUCGCGAGGCCAGCUCGGCAAAGAGUCGUGGGCGACAUGGAUGGGAGCAGGAGGAAGGUCUCGACGACCUCGGAGUCUUGCUCGGGGUUGACCAGCUGCCAUCUCUUCUCCCCGUCUGGACAGGUCUCAUGCUGGACCGUGAUAGCCGGCGAAAACAACGUCGGGCGGCUGUAGAAAAUGGGGCUGCGUUCUGCACGCCCUCAUAG